GUAUAGAUUCCAAUUGUGAUUCACAUGAACUCAGAGAACGAUUCAGAUUUUACAUCAAAACAUCAGCCAAUCUAAUUUUUCCAAAUCAGGACUUCUUCGUCAAUUUGCCUUCACCAAUUUCUCAAUUCAUUUCUAGAAUUCCGUCGAAAAUCAUAGCUAAAAACGUGAUAAACCGACUAAAUCAGGUGGUGUUAGCUAGAGACGAUGAGCAAUCUGAGGGCUAUAUGCAGGCCCCACGCCGUGUUCGCUUCCAUGGCGUGUUGCUACAGAUCGAUGGGAAGGGUUUCAUCGCUUGAAAAGCACAGCCGCAGCUUGGGACGGCCGCCGCCGCCGCCGCCACCGCCGCGUUAUAUCGCGGUUUGGUUCGAUAGCUUGGGGGAACAGAGACCGUAUGAACCGCGGGUGAGGCAGAAUCGGCAGAGGAGAAUGGUUGCUACCAAGGCUUCCAAUUGGACUGAUUCCAAAUCUCCCUAUGAAACCCUUGAAUUGGAGAAGGAUGCAAAUGAAGAGCAGAUUAAGGUGGCAUAUAGACGAUUGGCUAAGUUCUAUCACCCUGAUGUUUACAAUGGGAGAGGAACCUUAGAAGAAGAUGAAACAGCAGAGACUCGGUUCAUUAAGAUUCAGGCUGCAUAUGAGCUUCUUAUAGAUGAGGAGAAACGGAGACAAUAUGACACAGACAAUCGUGUGAAUCCAAUGAAGGCAUCUGAAGCAUGGAUUGAAUGGAUUCUGAAGAAGCGAAAAGCAUUCGACCAAAGAGGUGAUAUGGCAAUUGCAGCAUGGGCCGAACAACAGCAACUUGAACUCCAUCUCCGCGUACGCCGUCUUGCUCGUUCAAAGAUUGAUCCAGAAGAAGAAAGGAAGAUACUGGUGAGAGAGAAGAAGGCUUCAAUAGAGCAGUUCAACAACACUUUAAGAAGACACACACUCAUCCUGAAAAAAAGGGAUCUCAAUCGCAGGAAGGCCGAAGAAGAAAAGAAGAGGAUAAUCGGACAGCUUCUAGCAGAAGAGGGCCUUGAACUUGACAAUGAUGAAGAUAAGUAAUCCUACCUAGUUAUUCUUAACUUGCAUUUACCUAGAUAUACGUAUGUUUAGACGAUGAAGCACAACUUAGUUUGUAAGACGCUUCCCUCCAGCCAUGAGGUAAAUGAGGAACCAUUAUUGAUCAUCUUUACCAAAAAGAUGCAUGUAUAUGAUUUACUGUUCAAAGCUAUGUAACAUACUUGUAUAUUUAAAUCAAAACAUAUGUAUAUGAUUUACUGUUUA